CACACACACACACACACACACACACACACACACAUAACAGUCUAUGUGUUAGGGUUUGUAUUCAUUUACUGUCACUGACAUUCACAAUGUCACUCUCUCUGCUGCUGCUGCUGCUUGCAUGCAGCUCCCAUGCGACUCAUUUCUUUGGGACAGUGAUGACCUAUACCCCAAAAACGACUAACAACGAUGGAUCUGUCACGGUGGUCAUUCGCUAUAAGCUGAACUUCCACUUAUGCAGUUAUUCUCCCUUGUGGACCUGCUAUUUUUGUGGGACUGAGAGUGCUUCCGAGCUGAACAAGGUCUACAAGGAGAGCAGUGGAGAGUGGUGUCAGACAGAGGGAAUCAUGACUCGGCAGGUUCCCAGCAACGCUCCGUUUCAGCUUAUCUUAGACGGUGGUAACUGGAUAGACAACAUCAGGAAUGGCAUCUCAAGGUGGAGAGCUGUGACUCUGGUGGAACUGAGGAACCGGUCGGACACCGGCCAAGCCAACAGAUCACCCCAGACAACCAUACUGCCAGCUGUGAGGGUUCCUUCAAACUGUCAGAGAGAUUUCAACCUGUUGGCGUUUGACCCUGACGGAGACGAGGUGAGAUGCAGAUUUGGAAACACAGCACUGUCGGAGUGUAACCCCUGCACGCCGCCCUCUGUUCUCAACCUUUCGUCAUCUUGUUCGUUGUCAUUCAGCCCCAGCAGUGGCAGUGAUCAAGGCCCAUACGCUGUGCAGCUGGUGAUGGAGGACUUUCCCAGGCAGACUAUCACCUUGAUUCAAGCUGACAUGCUCUGGGAGAGAACAACCAACACCCCACUCAGCAAGCUACCUGUCCAGUUUGUUUUAAAAGUGGACCCUGCGGUGCCAUCCUGCAUGGAGGGACUCUAUCUGCCCAAAUUCCUGCCUCCAACCCCAGCCAACAGAGCUCAGCUGUACAUCUCUGUCAAUCAGACCCUGGAAAUCAACAUCAGUGUAGAGGCAAAUGUCUCCACGAUCUCUGAGCUGCUGUUCAGCGGGCCGUACAACGUAGUCCAGACUACAUCAGGAACAGGAAGGUUCAUCCUGAGGUGGACGCCGUCUAAGGGAGAAGAUGGAGAAAGCCACCCCAUCUGCUUUGUCGUCCAAGCUGUUCUCAGUUCAACAAAGUAUCACUCGGAGCUCCGGUGUCUCAUUGUAAGCGUUGGAAACGAACCAUCAUCAAAUGCAAUUGCAACCCCGGAAACUCCAACCACUAGUUCAGCAACUACUACGGAAACCACAGCAGCAUCCAAUCAGAUCGUCAUAGGUCUGAGAGUGAAGAUUUCCUCUUUGUCUCCACUGUCUGAUGACAACAUCAGGAAUACUGUCAUUCAGCAGCUUAAAGUUGAACUGGAGAGACAAGGGAUGCCAUUAAACUUCACUCUGAGGUCUGUGGGGAGAGUGUGACUGGGAGUUACAACUCACAGCAACCCGCUGGUUCAACGUGAUCAUUUAGUGACUCCUCACUGCCUGGACAAUUUUGUUUUUGGUUGCCUGCCAGAGUUUAAACAUGAUGGUCAUCUUCUCCACUGCAGAAAAUAUACAUUUUAAUCAUAGUUGAUCAUUACGGUGAAUAAGUAUAUAUGCAGUAUAUAAAGGUGCAUAAACAGAAGUCACAAGUUUUCAGAUGUAGAGUAAUAAUUUGUUUUUUGUCAUGACAAGUUAGGGUUAGGGUUCAUGUCUCAUGACUGUGUCAUGACUGUGUCGUGUUCAUGACAGUGUCAUUAACUCUUCAAGUGAAGUGUUACCCAAUAUACUUACAGGGUUUCUGCAGGUUUCACCAAGUCAAAUUUAAGACUUUUUAAGACGUUUUUAAGACAAUUAUGAAUGAAAUUUAAUACCUAUAUCACAUUAUCAACUAAGCCCUAAAUUCAGGUUUUUCAAGCCAAGUAUCGCUAAACUUGCACUUCCCCUUAGCUGAAGAAUAAAAUGUCCGUGUUACAAUCCGAGAAACUUGCGCCAACAACACGAAAGCUGAUUGGCUGCAAUAUAAGUUACAUGUUGUUUAUUUGUAGUCGUAAUACAGCAAAAUUAUAUUUGGACUAGCGAAAGAAAGAACUACAACA